AUGCUCUCUGCCUCCAAACUCGCCCUCAGCCUCCUCAUCGCGAGCACCCUGGCCUCCGCGGCCGACAUCUGUGCCUUUACCUCGCGCGGAUGCUCGGGCAACUACGGUUGCUGGCAUGCCGUUGCACGGCUGGUGGCUCGGGAAGAUGUACGGCGACCAGUGCCACACCCAGACGGGUGCGGCGGGCUCGUCUUCCGGGAGCGUCUCGUGUUCAACGGUCCUGGCUGGGUCGCCGCCAGAGCGGCUGCCUGGGAUGCUGACACGCGUUCUCGCCGCCGCUCUGUCAAGUUCGGGGCCCGUGCGGACGACGACGACAGCGAGUGCAUGGAGGCCAAUGUCAUAGGAUUCACCAAGGACGGCACCGAGCAUCGUCUCCGUAUUCCCGAAGGCACCAAGUUCGCCGAUGCCGAGAAGCUUUUGAACGACGGCCAGUUCGACGAGCUCUUCAAGUUUGAGAGUGUUGCGAUUGAGCAGUAG